CCGAGAGCUACAGCUGCUCAGGACGCAACAAGCACCAACAAACCAACCCACCCGACGCAAGGAACCGAACCAACCACCGUCCCGCCGACGAUGUCGGCGACGACGCCCGCGCCCGCGCGCCACCGGACGUGCCGCAUGUACUGGUGCUACCAGUGCGGCCGCGCGCUCCGCAUCAUCUCCUACCCGUCCACCGACGUCUUCUGCCCGCGCUGCUUCGGCCGCUUCCUCCACGAGAUCGACCCCACGCCGGCGCGCCCCGCGUUCCCGCCGCCGCACUUCCUCCCGCACCCGUUCCACCCGCAGCACCAGUACGACGGCCACCCGCGCCGCUGGGUCAUAUACGGCGGGGAGCCGACGACGACGACGACGGUACCAGGCCGCGCGUUCCGCCAGCCUGCGACGUCGCAGGCACCUGCCACGCCUCCUGCUCCUGCACCGGUUCGACGGCGCGUGCCCUCCCCGCCGCCGGUGCCGCGGCGGCCGUCCACGCCCCCGGCCAUCGACCCCGGCAACUACUUCACGGGGCCAAACCUGAACAACCUCAUCGAGGAGAUCACGCAGAACGACCGGCCUGGGCCGGCUCCGGCGCCGUCGUCGGCCAUCGACUCGCUCCCAACGGUGCGGAUCACCGGAGCGCACCUGUCGGACGGCUCGCAGUGCCCCGUGUGCAAGGAGGACUUCGAGCUCGGGGAGGCCGCGCGGCAGCUGCCGUGCAAGCACGUCUACCACUCCGACUGCAUCGUGCCGUGGCUCCGCCUGCACAACUCCUGCCCGGUCUGCCGGUACCAGCUGCCGGGAGCCGGGUCCAACGGCGGCGGCAGCCUGCAGGCCGCGCCUCGCGGCGGAAGCAACGGCAACAACAGGAACAGGGAGAGGGAGAGGGAGCCCGCGACGUUGGUGCGGUGGGGGCCCUUCUCGUGGCUGUUUCCACCGCGCGAGAUGGACGACCCCGACGACCACGCGUGGGAGCACGAGCGGCGCGGCAGGCACGACGCGGCCGACGCCGGCGCAUUCUACGCUUGGUGGCGCUCUCUGUUUCUCAUAUAGAUGUUCUCGUCGAGUCCUUACGGUAUCCAGAGAAGAACGCCUCCUACCCAGUAACUAUUGCGCCGUUCUGCCAGUUCAGUGUCAAGUUGUUAAUAGUGGAAGAUUGGUGGAAGCCUGAUGUGAAGAUGUAGACCUGCCAUGUAAAAAUGAAAUGGCGACCCACUGUAAAUGCGAGUAAAUCAAGCAUCGUAAAAGGAGCGUGCUUAAAAGACAGGCUCCAUGUAAAGCGAGUAAAUCACGCAUCGUAGAAGGAGCGUGCCAAAUUAAAAGGCAGGCUCCAUGUAAAGCGAAUGUCUCGAUGAUAUAUCAUGUUAACAGUAACAGUAAUUUCUGAAACGCGCCGAAGACAUUUCUAUGUGAUGUGUCUGAUGCUGGCAGAGCUAGUAGCAGAAUCUUGUAAGUACUUGUUCUAUGGGACGAACCUCUGAGUGACAAAAAGGCAAAUCCAAAAAAAAAAAAA